UCAUCAUUCACGCCAGCCACAUAUCAAUCCAGUACCAGACAUUAGCAAAAACGUGACACACAUGGGUAGGUGAGGGAGUAAUCAAUAGCAAUUGAAAAUGGCCCUCAAUAUGCUUUCCCCUGCUGAAUUUAAGACCCUCUCUUUCUUGGACACCUCCAAGUCCAGCUACAAUAUUAACCAUCUCAAAUAUCCAGGUGGAUUACCUAUCAGAAGAAAGGAGUGCAGUGGGACAUCUGCCAAGAGGGUUCAGUGUUCAGCACAGCCACCACCACCACCACCACCUCCUGCCUGGCCUGGAAGGGCUGUUGCUGAGCCAGGCCGGCAGAGUUGGGAGGGUCCAAAGCCUAUCUCAAUUGUUGGGUCGACUGGCUCUAUAGGAACUCAGACGUUGGAUAUAGUUGCUGAGAAUCCGGAUAAGUUUAGAGUUGUUGCACUUGCUGCUGGUUCAAAUGUAACUCUUCUUGCUGAUCAGGUCAAAACAUUCAGACCAAAACUAGUUGCUGUUAGAAAUGAAUCAUUGGUUCAGGAACUCAAAGAUGCUAUUGCUGAUAUGGAAGUCAAGCCUGAGAUUAUACCUGGGGAGCAGGGUGUCAUCGAGGUUGCCCGCCAUCCUGAUGCUGUCACUGUAGUUACAGGAAUAGUUGGCUGCGCUGGUUUAAAGCCUACGGUAGCUGCCAUAGAAGCAGGAAAGGAUAUUGCCUUGGCCAAUAAAGAGACUUUAAUUGCUGGUGGUCCAUUUGUCCUUCCUCUUGCACACAAGCAUAAAGUGAAGAUUCUUCCUGCAGAUUCAGAACAUUCAGCUAUAUUCCAGUGCAUACAAGGCUUGCCAGAGGGUGCCCUUAGGCGCAUUAUAUUAACUGCAUCUGGAGGGGCUUUCAGGGACUUGCCAGUUGAGAAGUUGAAAGAAGUUAAAGUAGCCGAUGCUUUGAAGCAUCCCAAUUGGAACAUGGGAAAAAAGAUUACUGUUGAUUCUGCCACCUUAUUCAAUAAGGGUCUUGAAGUUAUUGAAGCUCACUACCUUUUUGGAGCUGAGUAUGACAACAUUGAAAUUGUCAUCCAUCCCCAAUCCAUCAUACAUUCGAUGGUGGAAACACAGGAUUCAUCAGUAUUAGCACAACUGGGAUGGCCGGAUAUGCGUUUGCCCAUCCUUUAUACUUUAUCCUGGCCCGAGAGAAUUUAUUGUUCGGAGAUUACAUGGCCUCGCCUUGAUCUUUGCAAGCUCGGAUCAUUGACAUUUAAAGCCCCUGAUAAUGUAAAAUAUCCAUCCAUGGAUCUUGCAUACUCUGCUGGGCGCGCCGGAGGAACCAUGACUGGAGUUAUGAGUGCAGCAAAUGAGAAGGCAGUGGAAUUAUUUAUUAGUGAGAGAAUUAGCUACUUAGACAUUUUCAAGAUUGUGGAGCUAACAUGCACAAAGCAUCGGGAGGAGUUGGUGUCUUCUCCAUCGCUGGAGGAAAUAAUACAUUAUGAUUUGUGGGCUCGAGACUAUGCUGCCAGUUUGGAAACAUCAUCUGGUUUAAGUCCAGCUCUUGUAUAGAUUUGAUAUUUGAUCAGCAUGCUGAGAUGAACUCAACUCUAUCGGCAUGCUUUUCCUGGUGGGAGGAAUUUGUUCAGGGUGGCGCAGUGUGCAAUGUAUCUAUAAUUGGGUUACAUUGCACUACAUCAUUGAACUCACCCUUUUCAGUGAAUUCCUUUUUUGAUUACGUGAAAACGACAUAGAAAAGGGGUUGCAACAAUUCUCCAUUUGGCUCACAUUCACUUUUAGAUACCAUGUUGUGUGGAUGUAUGAUGCUUAGGAUCUCGAUAUUUUAGUUUUGUUCUGAUAA